ACUUUAAAGCUGAAAAUAAGAAAUUAAAGGCUCAGAAUGACGAGCUUCGACGUCAAAUAGAUGAGCUUAAUGAUAAAUUCCAAAUAAUUUCCUCAAAGUAUAAAAGUUUACAAGAAAAUGAUGAAAUUCGAACAAAUAAGCAUAAAUCAAAACAAGCUAAAAAAUCUAAACGAAAGGUAAAGAGCGAUUCGGAAAGACAUUACACCAGGCCGAAAGGCAUGCGAUACGAGAACAGUUUGAGCAGUCCAGAAAAUAGUUUGAAUGAAAGUUCCGAAGCUGAAAGAAGUUCAUACGAUGAGAGAGAUAAAAAAAUAGGCGAAAAAUAUGCCAGGUGCUAUGAUCUUCCACAUCCGGUAAGCGCAUCUGAGUGGUGCUAUGUGAAGCAAGAAGACUCAGUUUAUGAUACUGAUAUUGAAGGUGAUUGA